AUGGCUGAAUUGUAUCAGUUUACCAGUGACAGGAGAAAUAUUGAUCUUGAAAUUACAUUUAUGUCUAGAUAUCCAUUGGCAGUAGAAGGCAUUGAGUUUCUUCCUCUUGAGAGAGUGGAGCAUGAAGUGUUAAAGGAUGUGGAGAUGGAUAUACGGACCAUAUCCGAUUCUGAAACAUAUUGGGAACAAAAAUUGCCUGGUGACUAUGAAGAAAUUAUAAAGUGGUCAAAAGAUAGGGUGCAAUGGACAACAAAGAAGGAACUCUACUCUAUUCUUUGCAAAGGGUUCCCAGUCCAGGAUUGUAAAGAGUGGCUAUAUCUUGCAAAAAAUGGGAAGAAAUGUCUUAUGAUAUCUGCAAGAACGUGUUUGCGAAAACAAGAGUGGAGUUGGCAGUCUUUACCCGAAUUAAGAUUUGAAGAUGUGGCUUUUGAUCUUCAUGGAAGCAGCUUCUGGUUAAGUUGCAAAUCCAAAUUAUUGUCACCAGAAAAAACAUACGCAAUUUAUCUUGUUUACAAAUUACAAGAAAACCAUUUUGGAUUUGAAGCUCCUGUGAAAGUGACAGAUGUUAUUGCUAGACGUACUUAUGAGAGGAAUCAUUCAUGGUAUAUUUUUUUUCUUAGUCCUCAAACUCCGGUGCUUAGACGGAAGGUUUAUCAAAACGCCCACAACCCUUUGAAUAGACCCAAAAUAAAAGGACUUCCACAACAAAGAAAUGAUGGUUGGAUGAAAGUACAAGUAUGGGAAUUUCAAGCCAAUACUAACACUAAACGGCUUCUGGAUGAACUUUUAUUAACUUUUUUCAAUAACAAUUUGCCUAGAGGGCUUAUCGUUCAAGGGGUUGAGGUUGAACAUAUAUAA